CAAAUUCAGCGGUGCCUUUACAACCGGCUCUGUGAGAAGGCUUGAGGCUGGCAUAAACGGGUUUAAGCAAGGAGUGUUUGUGCAAGACACUUGGGCUCUUCCGUCUCCUGACAUCCUCAUUCUCUCAUUGCUUUGAAAAAUCCUUCUGUUAGAUGCGAGGUAGAAGGAAAUUCCUGGGUCAUCUUUUAGGACUUCUUUCCCCAGAUGAAGUCUUUUGCAGAAGUCCUGCACGCCAGGAGGCCGGCGUUUUUCAACUAAGCCUCCCGAAUGCAAAUACAGGGCUCCUUGGUACACUCGGUGACACUUUCCCUCUGCGUUCCCAGGAGCUCCCUCGCAAGGGGUCUCCCGCGCUGCACCGCCAGGUGGCGCCCUUCUCGAAGGGAACUCACCUCAGUCACAGACGGUGGGGCAGUUGCUCGGCAACCGAAACUGGGCGUUCCAAACAAUUGGGACCCGGGAUCCUCCGCGGGUGCGGCUGCGCGGGCCCCCUGUCCUUCACACCAGCGCCUUUUUGCCAUGCCUUUCACCCGAGACCCUUUCCAGCACCCUACGUUGGAUAACGAUGAUUCCUACUUGGGAAAAGCCCGAGCUUCCAAGAAAGUGCCAUAUAAGAACCCAAAUCACCUUGCUCAGCAACAGGAACCCUGGAGUCGGCUCAGCUCAACUCCCACAAUCACCUCCAUGAGGCGGGAAGUUUAUUUUUUUGAUCCUGAGAUACCAAAGGAUGACCUGGAUUUCCGCUUAGCAGCCUUGUACAACCACCACACAGGGACAUUCAAGAACAAAAAUGAGACACUCUUACAUCAGGAGACUACCCAGGAUACCCAUGGAAUCAUCAAGACCCAAUUCCCUGGAGAACCUUUACCCCCUCCUCUGCCACCUUCCAUCACUUCCCAGGCUAACAUCAGACACUGGAUCAACCCUAAGAAGGAGUCUAUCCACAGCAUCCAGGGAUCCAUAGUGUCCCCUCAUACUGCAGCCACCAAUGGAGGCUACUCCCGAAAGAAUGAUGGUGGCUUCUUCUCUACCUAGUGUUGACAGGCCCCUGGACUAAUUAAUCAUAGUGGAACGUCCUUUCGCCCACCUCCAUUAAAUAGAUUUGUGCUGGA